CACUUACUCUCCUGUGUGGUAAUUUUUCUUACAUGUUGGGCUGGAAGCAAUACUUGCGUGCUUCGAUUGGUCUCUUUCAUUUCCGAUAUGCACGAGAGAAGACGAGCAGCCACAGGCGAUCAUGUCUUCCACCCUGCCGACGGCGCCGCUCGACCCAUCUCUACUCACGACCCUCUUCAUCAUACUCGUGCCUCUCUCUUUGCUGCUGCUUCUGCUGCAGGUUAAGAGGAACUCCCGUGGGCAUCCCCCUUGCCCGCCGCGGCUUCCCCUCAUCGGCAACCUCCACCAGCUGGGCCCACUACCGCACCGCUCCCUCCAUGCCCUGUCGCAGCAACACGGCCCGCUCAUGCUACUUCGCCUGGGCCAGGUGCCGGCGCUCGUGGUCUCCUCGCCGGACGCCGCCCGGGAGGUGCUGCGCAACCAGGACCACGCCUGCGCCAGCCGGCCAGCUAUCAAGCCGGCCCGAAUCCUCGUGUACGGGUGCAAGGACUUGGCCUUCGCGCCCUACGGCGACUACUGGAAGCAGCUCCGAAAGAUCUGCUCCGUCCACCUGCUGAGCCCCAAGAGGGUGCAGUCGUACCGGCUAAUGAGGGAGGAGGAGGUGGAAUCCAUGAUGGGAAAGAUCUCGUCCCAGGCUUCGGCUUCGGCGAACGUCAUCGACUUAUCCGAGGUCUUGUACUCUUUCGCCAACGAUGUACUCUGUCGAGUUGUUUCAGGGAAGUUCACGAGAGAAGAAGGGAGGAAUCGCCUGUUCUCCGAGCUGGCCGGCGAGAACUCGGUGCUUUUGUCCAAGAUCUACGUGGGUGACUACUUCCCGUGGCUAGGGUGGCUGGAUAUGUUCUUCGGUAGUGUGGCCAGAUGCAACAAGAACAAGGCGAGGUGGGAUAAGUUGCUAGAUGAGGUGAUUAAGGAACAUGCAGUUCGGUCGGCGCAGCAUGGUGGGGAGGAAAACGACGGUGAGGAGAAGGAUUUCGUGGAUGUUCUGCUCUCUCUGCAGAAAGAUGCAGCGAUGGACUUCGUCCUCACAACUGAAGAUAUCAAGGCACUUCUGGAGAGAGAAUGGGCCAUGGCGGAGCUCAUCCGGAGUCCCCGAGCGAUGCGGAAAUUACAAGACGAAGUGAGAAGAGGAAGAGGCAGCGGGGAGGGAUUGAUCAGAGAGGCGGAGGUGAGCCAGAUGGCGUAUCUGAAAGCAGUCGUGAAGGAGGUCCUCCGGCUGCACCCUCCGGCCCCGUUGCUGCUCCCGCGCGAGCUGUUGGAAGACUGCAGUAUACAAGGGUUCAGCAUCCCCAAGAAGGCGCGCGUCUUCGUGAACGCGUGGGCGAUGGGCAGAGACCCGCGGAGCUGGGAGUCGCCGGAGGAGUUCCGGCCGGAGAGGUUCGCGGACGGCGCAUUGGACUUCACGGGCAACGAUGUCCGGUACGUGCCGUUCGGAGCAGGCCGAAGGAUUUGCCCCGGUCAAAACUUCGCCGUCGCUGCUCUGGAGCUGGCGCUGGCGAACCUGGUGAGCCGCUUCGACUGGGAGCUGCCUGGUGGAUUGACGAGGGAGGAGCUGCAAAUGAACGAGGCCCCUGGAAUCGUAACACAACGACAAGGGCGGCUUCAUCUUGUUGCCAAACCAUGGGGUGCUUAGAAAAGGAAACUAGUAAAUAGUAAUAACUUGUUGUGUGCAUGCUAUGACGUAAAUGAUGCAUAUGAACUCCGAACCUGAGCAUUAUCAUAAGCCCAUCGAACGAUACCACAAUGUUCCUCAAACUGUGAUGCUUAAACACUUGUAUCUACCUUUCGGCAUUCUAAUGUUGGUGCUUCGAUAAUA